UCUUGUUUACUCCGUUUCUUCAGUUUCAGUUUCUCUGGAUGAUCGUGCAGCUGAUUCUCUGCAGUAACUAAAUGUUUUUCUGCUGCAGAAAUGAUCGUGUUGCUUUUCGUCGCCUGUUUCCUGCAGGUUUCUGCUGCUGACGUGACGGUGACACCAGGGGGAGACGCUGACCUGCAGUGCCAGACUCCCGGCGCCGCGGCGGCCACCGUGGUGGAGUGGACCAAAGACGACCUGCCGGCCAACGAAUACGUCUUCUUCUACCGCAACGGCCGGCCGUACGACAAGUACCAGCACGAGUCCUUCAGAGGCCGAGUGGCGCUGAAGAACCGGUCCGGCGCCGGCAGCGGGGACGUCUCUCUGGUCCUGAAGAACGUCUCCGUGGAGGACAGGGGGACGUUCCGGUGUCGGGUUCUGAUGAGCAGCUCUGGGUCCGAGGCCAAGGAACACCUUCAGGUCAGCAGGCUGAAGGUCGCGCUGCGUUCAGGAAACGAAGCAGGAAACGACGCAGGAAACGACACAGGAAACGAAGCAGGAAACGAAACAGGAAACGAAGCAGGAAAUGAAGCAGGAAACGAAGCUGGAAACGUCCAGAGCGUCGUCACAGACGGAGCAGCAGGUCCAAACGUUUUUGUCCUUGUUGGAGUUUUCAUGCUUUGUGUUUCUGCUGUUGUUGUUGUUGGUUUUUAUCUGUACAGGAGAAAAAAGAAAAGAUCACAUCAGACAACAGAAGUCGUAUGAAACUGAGAACAAGAAAAUCAUCUUUAGUUCAAAAGGUUUUUCAGAAACGUUGCUGUUUAAAACUUUUGUUUUGCAGUUUUAUCUGAUUUGUGAAUCUCCAGUUUCCUCUAGUUGAGAUCAGAGUGUAUUUAUGUAAAUGUUCAGUGUAAACAGUGUGUGUGUGUGUGUGUGUGUCUGUGUGUGUGUGU